AUGCUUUUCUUUUCUUAGUUAUGCUUUAUAUUAACUAAAAUUUCUAUUUAAAUCAAUAUAAAAAUAAUUUUUUUCAAAUGUAAAAAACUGCUUACGCUUAUGAAUUAAUUAAUGGUUGGCUUCCUGACUAACUAGCUUGUAAUAGUAAAUACUAAUAUAAUUAGGCUUGCUAUGCAGACAUUCCUUAACCUAUUUUUUUAACUCCCUUUCCUGACUUCCUCUAGCCAAGAAUUCUACUGUUGGCACAUUAUACAGUAUCAAUUAACAAUUAUUUUGUAUAAAAUGUUUAAAAGUGCGCCAAUAAUUAUAAUUUAAUGUCUUUAAAAGGUUGACCCUCUGUCUUAAUUUUGA